UGACCAGGACUUUUAAAAACACAGAAAACUCACAAGGUGCUCCAUCCUCAACUCCUGGGAAGCCGUUACCAUGGCAACGAACACAUCAUCCAAGUAUGACUACAUCCACAACAAAGUUCUUAUCCAAUUAGGAUGUCCUGCUGUCUACCAGCUGAAACCAAAGAAAGAGAACAUUGGAACUCUGACUAGAAUGACUCUUGGUGAAAAAAAUCCAAACAAGCAAAACAAAACCAUCUUACUUGUUGGUGAAACAGGAGCAGGAAAAUCUACUCUGAUCAACGCUCUGGUCAACUACGCCAUGGGAGUGAAGUGGGAGGAUGAUGUCUGGUUUCAGAUCGUAGAAGACGAGAAGAGAAGUCAAUCAGAAAGUCAGACAUCAGAUGUGAUGGUGUACCAGAUCUUUGGUUUUGAAGGUAAACCUCUGCCCUACUCUCUGACCAUCAUCGAUACUCCUGGAUAUGGAGACAUCAGAGGGAUCGAAUAUGAUGACAUCAUCAGGCAAAGAUUAUUAGACUUGUUCCAGUCAGAAGAUGGAGUUCAUGAGAUUAAUGCAGUGGGUCUGGUGAUGAAAGGGAGUGAGAAUCGCCUGAGUGACCGACUGAGGUACAUCUUUGAUUCAGUGAUCUCUCCGUUUGGAAAAAACAUGGAGAAGAACAUUGUCGCCCUCAUCACACACUCAGAUGGUGUGACAGCUGAAAAUGUUCUGAAAGCUCUCAAGGAGGCAAACAUUAAAUGUGCCAAAGAUGAAGAUGGUGAUACUGUUCAUUUUAUGUUCAACAACCGCCAGACAAUACAGAAAACAAAGAAAAAUAAUGUUGCUCUAAAAAGUGCAUGGGACUUAACAAUGGACCAAAUAAGUCAGUUUGCUGAUUUCCUGACCAAACAAUCCCCUCAAAGCCUGAUGACAACUAUUGAAGUUAUGAAAUACCAAACCAGACUGACAGCCUGCAUCAACAACCUGCAGGACAGAAUCAAGUUGAUUGAUCUAAAACAGACAGAAAUUCAACAGACUCAGGAAGCUCUGAAGAAACAUGAAGAAGAGAUGAAGAACAAUGAGAAGUUCACUGUAGAAGUUGAUGAGCCCUACAAAGUUAAACAAAAAGUCGGCAGAGAGAGGAGGUGGUGGGCACUUGGGUUAAAUUAUGGAGGAGCUGUCUGCUGUACUGUCUGUGAGGAGAACUGUCACUAUCCAUGCACACUGGCCUGGUAUCCAAAACACUGUGAGGUCAUAAAAGAUGGCCGCUGCACUGUCUGUACCGGGAAGUGUCCUGUAUCAGUUCAUGUGAAGGAAGAACAGUGCAUUAACUGUGCGGGUAAGUGUUCAGAUGAAUCAAGUCAUGUCAAAACCCCCUGGAUCUAUGUGACCAAGACAAGGAAAGUUCAGAAGACCCUGAAAGAAAUGAAGGAGAAGUAUGAAAAGAUCAAAGCAGGAGAGGAGGACAAGUCAAGCCUUUUUGAAACUCUUCAAAAAAACAUCAAAGAACUUCAGAAAGAAAAAGAUCGGUUGUUGGCAGGAGGUGAGAUAAAGUCGAGACUUUUGGAAACUCUUGAGAACAACAUGGAUGAACUUCAGAAAGAAAAAGAUCAGUGGUUGGAGGAGUCCUUUCAGCAUGUUGUCAAACUGAAGCAGAUCGCCCUGAAUGUUAAUUCACUGUCCACUCAUGUCCACUUGGACUUCCUGAUUGAGAAGAUGAAGGAGAAAGGAGACACAGAGAAGAAGAAGAAACUGGAAGAGAUGCAGAGUCAAAUGGUUAAAGAUGAAGGAAUCAAGGCAGCGAUGCGCUACGGGUUUGGUAAACUAAGAUAAGCAGUUGGUAAAGAAGUAACCUAGUGAUGAUGUAGAUCAGUGGUUCUCAACCUUUUUUGUGCCAGCGCCCCCCUAUCCAUUAUCCCGGUCCCUAAC